AUGUCAGCAUUGCCAGCAGAAAGAGUCUGCCAUCAGAUAAAGAAGUACAAUCUUGGUAGGUGAUUCCAUAGCUCAAAUGGGGGUGGCAGUGCCCAGUGGUUUAAGUGAAAACAAGGUUUGGGUGGGGGAGCUUAGUCUUGCGGGCUCACAAACCUCUUUGAGCUACGGAAUCUAGCCCAGCUUAUGAGGUCCACAAGAGCAAGAUCAACUCCUACAGAUAAAACAAUGAUGAAUGGUCGGAGAAGUAGGGUGACCGGGAAGGCCUGACCCCUCUGUGUAUGCGAGCUUCCUCUCCUUAACGACCGUUAUUUUGUGUCAUUUCUAACAGCCAAUGCAUGUACUGUAACAUGUAUUUUACUUUUUAAUCUGAUUAUCAAUAACCAUAGUUAACUGAGAGAUUUCCUGUUGUCUGUAGGUUAUCGCGUUGGACAUGGACAUUCAAGCCAUUCCACAAAGUUUUGUCCUUGUGUCUUGCUUGGAGUUGCCUUGCUGCUUUUUUGCCUUUUAUUUGUCUAUUUGGCUUUAAUUCUGUAGUCAUACUGCGGUUCCUUCAUUGGCAGCCUUGCCCCUUCAGUAACUGUUUGAGGUCGGUCCAGGCUACUUGCCAGUUUCUUAUAAGGUUGUCUCCCAAAUCACUGCAGGAAAACUUGUCAAUUUUGAAGACUUGUUGGCUGAAAACAUUCCUCCCAAUGAGCCCGAACCGCAACUCUUGUUUGAUGGCCAGUUAUUUUGUCGGACACACCCAAGAAGCCUGAGCGUCAGAUUUCUGACAUUACAUCCUAGAUGGAGGCCUUUUACAUAUUUAUUCUUUGCUCAUAUUUUCCACAUCAAUGGAGAGAUUUGACAAACUACAAGCUGUCAAUUUUACAAACAUCUUGUCAAUUUAGCAGUUUCUGUCAGUUUAGCUAUGACCGGGCUUUAAGGGAGCACACGCAGCAGCAAGAAAGCUCACCAACUGGUGCACAAGUUCGUACACGUCCAGCUUCAGCCAAUCUAGUCACCUCCCAGGCAGAGGUCUCUGGUAGCACUACUACGAAAGUUAUUUGGUAUUCUUGGAAGGCGGGCUUGCUGCAUCGCUCUCAAUGCGAGCUGUCUAUUCUGCCAUGCAUGUAUUCUUGUACUUCUUUGCAUUUAACUCGUCCUCACUCUCCAGAUCCUAAGGAACCAAAGCACCAGAAACACCAUUAAUUGUUGUGCCUUUGUUGUUAAAUACUUUUGUAAAGUUGAGUUUACUAUCAUCACGUUGUCAUUCUUACUAUUUUUGUCCUUGGCUCAUCUAUGAUGUUGCCAGCUGUUGAGGAAGUCUCUCCACUAAAUGUUGAGUUGUUUGAGGCUGAAUUAAGUCGCCGUCCUGAUAGGGCAAAAGUUAACUUCGUUCUUCAAGGUAUCAAGGAAGGCUUUAGACUUCCUUGAGAUAAACCAGUAACUGGUUUGUCAGCGUACCAACAUGCAGGGGUGAUUGAUGUCUAUCUAGCUAAUGAGGUCAGCCUCGGCGGAAUGGUGGGUCCUUUCAACUCUACUCCUGUGCAAAAUCUUCAAAUGAGCAGUUUCGGGGUGAUACCGAAGAAAGGACAGCCGGGUAAAUGGUACCUUAUAGUGGAUCUAUCCUCGCCUCAAGGCCACAGUGUCAGUGAUGGGAUUGAUCCAAAUUCUUGGCAUCUCCAGUACAUCAAAAUAGAUGACAUCAUUAAGAUGGUUUUAAAAUUUGGGCCUGGUGCUCUUAUGGCCAAAUUUGACAUAGAGUCUGCACACAGGAAUAUUGCUGUUCAUCCAUAUGUAAUGCUUAUUACAUGGACCACGCCUUGCCAUACAGGGUUUUUUCAGCUCUCGUUAUUUCUAAUUCUGUGGCAGAUGUCGUCAAGUGGAUUUUGGUCAAUAACUAUGGCAGCCCCAGCUAACUCUUCCAUGUGUGCAUCCAACCUUCAUGUAGCAGUCUUCGUGGUCGCCAGGUUGAGUCUCCCUUUGUACCCUCACAAAUUUCUGGGUCCAGCCUCUUGCAUGGUGGUCCUCGGAAUUGAAUUAGACACUCUGGCUCAGAUUGAUGCCUUC